AUGCGCGGUGCUGGAAGAGAUCGGUCUGGCCCCAGCCCAUCGCCACAGAGUCCGCCAAGCUGCGCGUCAGAUGAACUGGUCGCACUUCUUUUGUCCUUGGAUGUGCCGUUUGCUUUGGCUAAAGAAGCCGCAAGAAGGUUUCCACAUGACCUGGAUGCUGCUUUGGACUGGGCGUGCAGCUCGGACCGGCGGCACUGCGUUGCCCGCAGCUGCAUCGAUUUGACGACACCUCCUACCAGCCCGAACGCAGCUUUGGCUGCGGAUCCCAAUGAGCUGCUCCCGCGAAGUUCAUCCGGUUUGACUUAUCCGCCAGCUCUUGCGCUGCCUGCAUCAUGGUGCCUCAGUCCGGAUGAGGUCAGGACCAGCACGCCUCCCAACUGGUCCCCUUUGACGCCAGAAGAGGAUCUUCCUUCUUCCUCUAAUCGUUGCUGUCUGUCCCCAGCUUGCUGCCCAGGCCCGAGCUCAGUCGCUGUUUGUGGCCAGUUAAGUGCACCUGUGGGAGAUGAUGGUGAUUGUGAGGAGGUGGUGUGUCCACUGCCUGGUGCUAUGGCCCCUGCUUGUUACGUAGAUGAUGCAGCAGGUGAGGUCCACGAGUGGUUCUGCGUUUUAGCAAAUUCCGAAGGUCGUGCGGCGCUGGAUGCCAAUGUCUGGGCAAGGAUGCCUACGUACACUCAAUAUGUUCGGUCUCGCACGCUGCAAGAAGUUUUGGCGGAAUCUUUGCACCGCAUUCAAUCGUAUCGUGGCCUCGACUUGUCUGUCGAACAAGCAGCUAGAAUGCCGCGCUGCCUUGGGUUAACCACCUUACUUCCCCUGUCUGUGGCGUGCGAAUACUUGCAUUGUGGCUGUGGUCUUCCUGCUAUCUUCGCAUUUGACCUCUUCCAGGCUUGUUUGGCGUCCUGUCAAAGUAAAGACUUGGAGGUGGCCCUCUAUGCUGCUCGAUCAGAGAGCUUUGCUUGCAAGGCUCGUUGGUGGGCUUGUCCGACUGGGGAUCCAAAUGCGGGCAAGUCUCCCACAUGUUCCUUUGUGAUGAGAGCAUUCGCCAAAACGGUUGAUUCGUUGCCGCAGGCGCCUUAUGCGGACCAACAUUGGAUUGGUGUUGGGAACAACAAUCGCAUCCAAAAUCGCUUACGAACAUUGCAAGGCACUCUUUUGCUUUUCGGGCCGGAAUCAAAGCCAAUUCUCGACCCGCAUUUCCCAACUAAAAAAACUGUCGAUACAGCCAAAUACCUAGAUCUAACUCGGUGGCUGGAAAGUGCAAACGGUGGCAGGUUCGAGUGGGGCACGGGCGCUGAAGAAAAUGAAAGGCAGAAGCGAAAAGCAGCUUCCACUACAUCUGCCAGUGGUGGAACAGCUCCUCCACUUGUUUUUGACCCGACGAACAUCAACAUUUGCCUUUUUCAGCAGUUCAGCUUGUUCGAAGAGUGGUGGUGCCAGGUCGAGUCUUUGCAUAAGUGCGGGUUCAGCGCGCGGGUUCUCAUGACUGCAACAGACCGUGCCAUCGUUGACAAAACUGUUGGUUUACAAGAUCCGGCGCCCAUCGCAGACUUGAUGCAACAAAUUUGGACUUACGUUGCUGCAAGUCAUGGCCCCCAGUCUGCCUUGCCCUUCCGGCAACUGCGGCCGUCUUUGCCAGCUCAAACUGCUGUACGGUCUUUCUAUUAUGAUUUGGCUGAAGAAGACAGAAAAGGGGGAUGGGCUUCAGCCAUGAAAGCCGCCCUAGGCAAAAUGGAAUAUCACAUCCCAACGGCUGCGUGUUUAGCUUCUUUAGCUUCCUGGGGGCUGGUGCCUGGCAACUGCUCUGCAGUCUUAGACGACAAUGCUAUGAAAUGCGCUGCGUAUCAUUAUGCCCUUCGUGUCUGUUUGAGCUGCGCCGUUGUGGAUUCAACCGUUGCUAGCUUGCACACAAAGCGCAGAUCGCAGGCUUGUCCUGCAACUGCUUCUGCACUUGUUCGCCCAAUGGCUGCUCGAGUCUUAGAGGCCUGCACUAAGGACCCCAUAUUGGAAUCACACUUAGCUGCACACUUCUCGCAAUUUAAAGGCGCAGAAAAAUCGCGAGAGAGACUUGACCUCAUGCAAGAGUUGCAGCGCUUAGGGCUAGGAGAAAUCAAGGAAGCCAGGCGGAGGCCAAACGGGCAGAACCGAGUUGUGGAGUUUCAUCGGUUCCCUUUGUCACUGACAGUGUCUGCCGCACUUCGCCAGCUUGAUGUCUCGGAGUGUUUGUGGCCCCUUGCCAGAUUGCCUGCAAUGCACGGCGCCGGCAAAAGAGCCAGGCCGGCUCCUAAACGGCCUGCAGCUGCGAUUGAUCCGUGUGCAAAACGGCCAGCGGCUGCUAAGGCCGCGCCUGGCAGGGCACGUCGCCCUCCUCCCAACAAUAUUGAUGUUGCAGCCCCAUUUGCACGUGCGCAGCCUGAUCCUUUGCAUCCAAGAAACCAAGCUGUCGUUCCUGCUGCAAAUCCAGCUCACGAGGCUUCAGGUAACCAAGCUGCAGCAAAGAAGAGCGUCUUGUUGCUGGACCCCAUCUAUGUUCCGGCAGACCCACUCACGGCCAGGGUGGUUGAAGAUACUUUAAAUGCAGCCCUUCACAGCCAGCAUGAGCAUAUCCAUGAGCGGCCUUUCAAAAUUAAGGCCGUAGGGACGGCGCGCAAGAGGAAACAAGUUUUCAAGCUCAGGUGUGACAUUUGCCAACAUCACACCUGCACAUGGUUUGGGAAAGCCACCUGGGACAAGUCCAACCAAAUGCUCAGCACAACCUACUUAGCAAACGGUGCACAUGGCCAGCCCAAAGUUCCGAAAGCACCGUCAGGGCGCAAAGGUGGCGAUGCUGCUAACCGGUCCUUCCCCUUGCAAGCGAUUUUGCCAUACAGUGGUGGGCUUGAUCACGGAAGCAUUGCCGAGGCGGUGCAGAAACAUUUCGAAGAUUUGCCCGUGGACGACUCGUUAUUAGUCCGAUGCAAGCCACGACAAGCCACCAAAAAAGGCCCAACAUGCGUGUUCUAUUGCCAAACGCAUUUCCACAGGGCCACAAAAGCAAAGUGCCAGUGGGGUGGUGCUGGUUGCGUGCACACGCUGGCGGAUGGCACAUAUCAGUUGCACCUGAGGUUCCAAAGGCCGGAUGCCCACGCCCCAGAUGAAGCACAGCUCUAUGGCACUUUGACUUGGCGACAAAGACAGGUUGCCAAAAGGUCUCUAGGGCGCGAUGCGGGGGAAAUAGUAGAGGCAGUCCACGGCGUCAAAGAUGCAGGGGCAGGAAUCCCACGGCCUCCUUUGAAACGGGCUGUUCUCUCUGGUUUUUUGCGGCGAGUGAAGCAGAAAAUGCAACCUGCUGACCGGGAGGCGCCGAUAAACAGCAACAAAUCCCACAGCUGCAGUGAUUUUGAAUGUUGCCAAGACCGUUGCAAUGCAUCAUUGCAUCGGGGGCAAUGCUGCCUACCGCCAGACAGCCCGGCGUUGCUGCCGUCGGAUCCCCGCCUUCGGGUAGUGGACAUGCAGUUGUCACCGGAAAAUGUUUGCGUUCCAAUGAUCUGCCCUAAGCUGUUGCAUGAAACCUUGUCCUUACUCCCUAAGCCAUGGAACUUGAAAGUUUCUACGGACGGAACGUAUCGUUUAAUGUUCGAUUCCUACGUCCUACUGACAAUGGGCAUCAACGUUAAGAAUUGGUCAGCCCAAAAAGACUUGGGGGGCGCUUUUGCGUUCCGCAGUUCCUUUGUGCCUUUGGGUUUUGCCUUGGCGAACAAAGAGAAUGAGGAGGCAUACGCGCAUUUGAGCACCACACUGUUCAAAACUGCGCAAACACUCGGUCAUGAGUUGCGGCCGGAUCAAAUAUUGCAGUGGCAUGGGGACAUGCAUCUCGGUAUCGAGGCCGCUCGGGCCAAAGUGGCGCCCAAUGCCACCAGACUGUCAGAUUGGGCUCACGUCACGGGAGCGACCUCCCAGGGCCCUUCUGGACUUUCAGGCAGUGGCCCGGCUUUCCUCUUCGACAUCGUCUGGUCUGCCAUAUUCUUUGAACUUCAACAGCAUUGCCAAAGGGCCAUGGUGCGCAGGCUGCAACAGCAAUACUUCACCCGUAUUGCAAUGCCGAAUGGUCAACGCCGGUGGUGUGCCCCAUGGCGAUCAGCGCCCGACAGAAUUAUGCCUGGCACAGACGCAGGUUCCGCACCGCAAGAGUCAUGGCAUGGCGCAUAUCUGAAGCCGGCCUUCGGGCAAGGCAAACGCAAGCCCGCAGAAGUUGCAAGGAUCUUGGAGGAGCGCAUUGUUGCCCCGCAGCUCCGGGCCUUAAGCACCAUGCGCCACGACGGUGUCUUCUUCGAAGAUUGGCCUGCCAUCGGCCAAUUUCUGGACCAAACCAUUCUGGGAGGAGAUGUUAAAUUGAAUAAAGAAGGGCGCACGCCUGCCAAGACAUUGCUGGCUUGGCGCAAACACCAAAGGUUCGUCGAUGAAGACAACAACGUCUGGAUGCUGGUUCCGACUUCAAAAUUCAAAACAGACUGGGCCAACUCCAAAGGCAAAAAGCGUGUGUACAAAGCACGGUCUCCUUGGCCCGUGCCCCCUGAUGCUGUCAAGCACUAUGCGGCCAUUGUUGCAGCGACCUCUGCGCAGGAAGUGCACGCAGCUUUGUCUGAAUUGGAUCUAUACGACGCCAGCACCAACACUUUCAAGUGUUGGCAAAGCACAGCAAAAGCUUUGGAUGAUUGGCGCUGUGUUGUGUCUGGGCCGUUUGUUCAUACAUAUUGGCAAUCUUAUCGCGGCGAUGGACUCGACCUGCCAGCUCCCGAGAACAACAAGCACAAGCUUUGGCUUUGCUACGGCUGCCACCCUGCAUCUCUUUGGGGGCCGUGUGAGCAUGCAUAUUGUUGCAUGGAACACGAGGGCCAGUCUUCCACCACAGUGCUGCCAAAGGCAAAGCCCAAAGGUCGGCCGCGCAAGACCAUGGCAGUAAUGCGGCCAACUCCGCAUCAGAUAGUUCCUGGUUCUGACCCAGCCCAGGAACCAGCGCUCCUGCCGCCACAAUCUCGUCCGUCCAAUGCACCCUCUCCCGAGUACGUGGAAUUGGGAAACUUGCUCCGGUCUGCUUCUCUUGGCCAUUUGCUGAAUCCAAUGCGGGAACAAGGAGUCACAAUCCCAGCCUUGCGUCGCUUUUCUUUCUCUGAUUUCUUCAACCUCUUCAACAUGUCGGUUGGCGAGUCUCAUGCCCUGAUGGAAGCAUUGUGCCCUUCUGUCUCUGCACCUUCCCGCCUGGUACCUGAAAGAAUCCUGCCCUGUGCUUCUGUCCCUCCAUCUUCCGGCGCAUCUCGAAGAGUCGUGCCCUCAGUUGAUUGUUCAUUGCCGAAUUGA